CCAAAGCAAGCUGUCAAACUUCCAUUUUGAAAAUCGGCGGUUUUUCGUUGAUGCUGUUCUUCUGGUUGGACCGUGCUGUGCGAUUUAAAUAGCGAAAAAUGUUUUAAUUUUGGUGCUUUGUGGCUUGGUUUUUUGUUACAAUUUUAAGCUGGUCUUACAAUCAAUUGAGUUUUGUUAUCGGGAGUGUUUUAGUGCGACGUAUUUGUUGUAAAAAUUAGAUUUGGAAAACGACGAUGUCGAAUAACAACCCGGCGGCGGAUUCGGUGAAGGUGGCGUUACGCAUUCGACCGUUGAACCAAAGGGAACGGGACCGUGGCUGUCGGAUUGUGGUCGAGCAGCCCACUUGCCGGGAACCGCAAGUGGUGAUCGGUAAUGGAAUCAGCGGUAAACCGGAGGCAUUUACGUUCAACUAUGUUUUUGCGCCAGAGGAUUCCCAGGAGCAGUUGUACGAGAGUUCGGUGCAACCGCUGCUGGAGAAACUUUACGCCGGGUACAAUGUGACGAUUUUGGCCUAUGGCCAGACGGGUUCCGGCAAGACUUAUACGAUGGGCACGAACUACGAUGGAGAGGAGGACGAGACGAUGGGAGUGAUUCCGAGGGCGAUCAAUGACAUUUUCGAUAGGGUUAAGGAGAUGGGAGGCGAUUCGGAAAUCACCAUCAACUGUUCCUUUAUGGAGCUUUAUCAAGAGAAUCUGUACGAUUUGCUGUCCAACAAGGGAACUCGAGAGGAGCGAGUGGUGGACAUCCGAGAAGCAAACAAUCAGAUUGUGAUUCCGGGCCUGACGGAGAUUCCCAUUCGAUCGGCGGAGGAAACAUUUGAAGCGCUGAUGAGGGGAUCCCAGGAAAGGGCCGUUGCUUCCACAGCCAUGAAUGCCGUUUCCAGUAGAAGUCACGCGAUUUUCACACUUAAUUUGACCAACCGCAUUAAAGGGGACAAGCCAACGGUGACGACCAGCAAGUUCCAUUUGGUAGAUUUGGCCGGAUCGGAACGGCCCAAGAAGACUCAGGCUACCGGGGAACGGUUUAAAGAAGGCGUAAAGAUCAAUCAGGGUCUAUUAGUUCUGGGCAACGUAAUUUCGGCUUUGGGAUCCUCCGGUGGCCCCCUUGGACAUGUCCCAUACCGAGAAUCCAAGCUAACCAGACUGCUCCAAGACUCCCUCGGCGGCAACUCCCUGACCCUGAUGGUAGCUUGUGUCUCGCCGGCGGAUUACAACUGUGAAGAGACCAUCAACACGCUUCGGUAUGCGAAUCGGGCCAAGAACAUCAAGAACAAGGCCGUGGUCAACCAGGAUCCGAACCAGGCGGAGAUUCGCCGGUUGAAUGCGAUCAUUCAGGAGUUGCGGUUGGAACUGUUGGCUUAUAGCGCAGGGGGGAAGGAGAAUGUUCCGGGUGCGGCUAACCGUCCCUCGACGGUCCCAGGUAACAAAUCUGGUAUCAUUCGGUCCAACAGCGAUCAUCAUUUGGUCAACGGAUUCAUCCCCACCGGUGAAGCCAUUCGCCAGGAAAAGGAAAUGAUGGACAAGAUACGCACCUUGCAGCAACAGCUGCAAUCGGCCCUUCAGGAUAUGGCCAACGAUCAGCUGCGCACGCUGACGGCGGAAAAAAUUGUCGAAGAAAUCGAAGCACUCCUGGCGCAAAGUCCCGAUUCGGACCUGAAGCAGGGCAUACAAGCCAUUUUGGACGGGUACAAAGAAGAGACGGCUUCAAUCCGAACGGAAUCGCAGGUUUCCGAUUCCCUGCUGCAUUCUGCGGCUGAAGAGUUCCAGAAUCGCUCCGACACGCACACCCAAAAGCAAAUGAAGAUUCGCGACGAGUUGAGACAGCUGAACCGAGAGCUGGAGCUCAAGGAGGAACUCCACCGGAAGUGCUUGGGUAACAUUUCCAACUUGACUUUCACCGUUGACGAUAGCAGCACAAGCAACGAUAGGCUUGAAGAGUAUGAAGACAAAAUCAAGGAGCUGGAGAAGCAGAUCGAAGAGCUUAACGAUCAGCUGAACACGACGAAAGUGGUGGACAAGAAGAGCAAAUUGGCUGAGGAGCGUCGGAAGAAGGUCCAGCAGUUGGAGGCUGAGCUGGCAGAACUUCGGAAGAAGAGCAUCCAGCAGGCAAAGAUGUUGCAGCUGAAGGAGAAGGACACUCAGCGGGUGCAGAACUUGAGCAGAGAAAUCCAAGCCAUGAAGGCAACUCGCGUCAAACUGGUUAAGUCGAUGCGAGCCGAAAGCGAAAACUUCCGCCAGUGGAAAAUCAAUCGAGAGAAAGAGAUUUGUCAACUACGAGAGAAGGAUCGCAAGCUCAAGAACGAAAUGGUUCGUCUGCAGACCGUUCACGACAAGCAGCAGAAUGUGCUGAAGCGUAAGGUCGAAGAAGCGGUCGCUGUGAAUAAGCGUCUUAAGGAAGCGCUUGAACGGCAGAAAAACGUCCAAGCCAUGCGAGCUGCUCGAGCUAUUGGUAAACCCGUUCGAGGUGCGGAUGUCUCUUCUUGGGUAGACCACGAACUGGAACUGAUCCGAUCGGUAACGGAUGCUUCCGUCACUCUGAAACUCCUGAUGGACGAUCGUGCCUUACUGAACAGUAAACUCAUGGAGAUGAAGGGCAACACCGAAGAGCACGGCGAAGACGAGAUCAAACAGCAAGAGCAUGACCUCGAGCUUCGUAACGCGCAGAUCGCUGACCUCCAACAGAAAAUCCUCUCCACAGACGUCGAUUCCAAGCAGAAGGCCAUCCUCGAAGGCAUCCCCACACUUCCAGAAGCGAAACAAGUGCUCAAAAAGCUCCUCACGGUUUUCACCGAGACCCAAGAAGAAUCGGCCAAAACGCGCCACCAGCUUGUCGAUACUCGCCUCUCGGUCGAAUGCCUGGAAGAAAACGUCCGACAGUUAACCUCCGAACUGGCCGAAACCAAGCAACGCUUCACCGACGAAACCAACGAACUUGCCAAGAUGUACGAAGAGAAACUGUCCAUGCUGCUGCUGUCGAAGCAAAAGUAUGCCCGUCAAUCCAAGGAGAUGACCAACACGUGCGAUUCGAUUCUGCAAGAGGCCAGCGACCGCAUGGAGAAGAUGCGCCAAGAGCUGGACUCGGUGAAGGAAGCCAACCGGCUGCUCAACAAACAACUGGAAGAGGCCAAAAACAGUCGGGCAGCUCGGAGGACGCGGAACAGCGCCAAGUCCACGGCACCCGCCAUCGAGGAUGAUGAGGAAGAGGAAGAAGAUGAACUGGAAUCGAUCGAGUCGGACCAAGAGGACGAUCCGGACUUCAGAGCCACUCCACGCUGGAAGCAGAAAAAGGCCGGUAAGGGCAUCCGGGAGUCGGUCAUGAAGAAGGGAGUCACAGCGAAGAAGCGACAAACGGGGGUAGAAGCGGACGGUGGGGAAGAUAGCACCAACACGACAAAGUCAUCGCACAAUACGAGCAACCAGGCGCACUGCAGCUGUGGAUCGACCUGUUCUACGAAGCGAUGUGGCUGCAAGAAGCAGGGCGAAUUCUGCGGCGAUCAGUGCCGCUGUCCGCCCGGAUGCGUCAACAAGAAGUUUGACGAGAAGUCGCUGAAGGAAGAUGAGGAAGAUGGUGACCAGGAGAUGGCCGAUGUCGACCAAGCCGAGGACAAGGAAAACGUGGUGCAGAAUGGUGACCGAUCGCUGGAGAAGCGCAAAUCGCAGGACGAUAGCAGCGACGGCAGCGUGGAGAAUCAGACGCCGAAGAGGAUCAAGAACGACAUUCUGACUCCGACCUAUGUGUACUCGGUCAAGAAGAGGAAACCCCUGCUGGACGAUAUGUGAGGGAGUGAUUGGCGGAGAAGCAGCCGGAGUGAGUAGAAUACAAGACUUGAUUCGUUUGUAUUGUGCGUCAAGCAUAUUUUUUUUUCGUUAAGCUCAUUUGACCAUUUAAUUGUAUUGAUUCGAGACCAUCUUCAUAAACUGUUUAGUUUGUAUUUUUUUUAUAAAUAUUUGUAUUACACGAUUUAUUUUACACGCCAGAAUGAAAAAA